AUGUCCUUUAUAUUUAAAUCACCUUUAGACAUUGAGCUUCGUCUUGACGGCGAAGAUUCUCGUGAAACCGUCGAGCAGAAGGGCUUGAAGGGACGCAAGGAGAAACUUUUGUUGUACAAGGACGGAGAGACCGUUAAAGGGCAGGUGACCAUUAGAACAAGAGACAACAAGCGGGUGGAGCACACGGGGAUAAAAAUCCAGCUUCUCGGGUCGAUCGAAACAAGCAACGAUGGAAUUGUGGCGGACAAUUUCUUGUCAAUGGCCCACGAGCUGGCCAGUCCCGGCGAAUUGAGACAUCCAGAGACGUUUGCCUUUGAAUUCAGAAAUGUGGAGAAGCAAUACGAAAGUUACCGCGGAAUCAACAUCAAACUGCGUUAUUACUUGAAAGUCACUGUUUCUCGCAAAUCCGCGGACGUUAUUCGGGAGAAAGAGUUGUGGGUGUACCAAUACGAAGACCCGCACGAACAGGCCGAGCAGCCAGAAACACCUACAUCAAGCGUCAAGAUGGACGUGGGAAUCGAGGACUGUCUUCACAUUGAGUUCGAGUACUCUAAGAAUAGAUACUCGCUCAAGGACGUGAUUGUGGGGAGAAUCUACUUCCUACUUGUUAGACUGAAGAUAAAGCACAUGGAGCUGUCGCUCAUACGAAGGGAGUCCAGUGGAUCGCCACCCAAUCAGCUUAACGAGAGCGAGACCGUGGUCAAAUUCGAGAUCAUGGACGGAGCCCCAGUUAGAGGAGAAACCAUUCCGAUCAGACUGUUUCUCGGUGGCUUUGAUUUGACACCAACGUACAAAGACGUGAACAAAAAGUUUUCCACCAGAACGUUUCUCAGUCUUGUCCUCAUUGACGAAGACGCUCGCAGAUACUUCAAACAGAGCGAGAUCAUCCUUUACCGCGAAAAGAACGAGUGA